UGCCACCCCGCCGCUCGCGGGGGAGUGUGACUCGGCCAGUGCGGUUUUGAAGAGGGUCUUUUGUCGCACCUGGUCUCAGCUUCGCCUUGGUGGCUAGCGAAUGGGCUCACCAGAAACGGUGACGCUUAAUCUGCUCCCAGUCCGGGGGCCUUUGGUAUCUGGAGGAGGCGAGUCUAGUCUCUGAUGUCGUGUCGUGGCUCUUAGGAAAAUGACUUCCAAGAUCACAAACUGGACUGAAAACAAGAUCAACCAAAUGAAUACUUGAAGCCCAGCCUGGUAGUACAGUCAGUAGCAAAUUGAACUGCAAUGCUGGAAGACACAUGACUGACCAUGGGUUCAAAUCCCUACGUGGACCUGAAAAUAGAGUGCAUUUGUGACACUAGCUAAUUUGACUAGCAUCCCUUUGGAAGCUGCUUUGCUAGUAUCACAUCCAUGCAAGAUUUCAUCAUGGGAAAUGGCUAUUACAACAUGGUGGCAACUGUGCUGUUGGUCAUGAAUUUUGAGAGGACAAGAUCAACGCAGACUUCCUGUAGUAACUGUUCAGCUGGUACUUUCUGUGGGGAAAACAGGAGUCAGAUCUGCAUUCCCUGUCCUCCAAAUAGUUUUUCUAGCACAGGCGGACAAAAGACCUGUGCCAUAUGCAGGCAAUGCGAAGGUGUUUUUAGGACCAAGAAGGCAUGCUCCCUUACAAGCAAUGCAGAGUGUGAGUGCAUUUCAGGAUUCCGCUGCAUGGGGUCAGGAUGUACCAUGUGUGUGCAGGAGUGUAAACAAGGUCAAGAAUUAACAAAAGAGGGUUGUAAAGACUGCUACUCUGGGACAUUUUAUGAUCAAAAACAUGGUACCUGUCAACCCUGGACCAACUGCUCUUUGGAUGGAAAGUAUGUACUUGUGAAUGGGACGAAGGACAGGGAUGUGGUCUGUGGACCGGCCUCAGCUGACUUAGCUCCAGGCCACACUCCGCAGAUCAUCACGUACUUUCUUGUGCUGACGUCGGUGACAGUGUUAUCCCUGCUGUUCUUCCUCAUAGUCCGUUUCUCUGUGGUCAAACGGGGCAGAAAGAAACUCCUGUACAUAUUCAAACAACCAUUCAUGAGACCAGUGCAAACUGCCCAAGAAGAAGAUGCCUGUAGUUGCCGAUUUCCAGAAGAAGAAGAAGGAGAAUAUAACCUGUAAAAUGGAAAUUC